CAUUUCAGAGACAGCCAGUGAGGACAUGGAAAUGGACAACACAACACUGCUCAUUCAGUUUGUUCUCUCAGGACUUGUUCAUCUGCCCCAGUGGAAAAUCCCCCUGUUCCUGCUGUUCUUGGUCAUCUAUCUCAUCACCAUUGUGGGCAACCUUGGUCUGAUCACUCUCAUCUGGAAUGAUCCUCACCUUCACAUUCCUAUGUACUUUUUUCUUGGGAGUUUAGCAUUUGUGGAUACUUGGUUAUCAUCUACAGUGACACCAAAGAUGCUACAAGACAUUUUUGCCAAGAAUAAAAUGAUAUCUUUCUCUGAGUGCAUGAUACAGUUUUUUUCAUUUGGAAUCAGUGCAACCACGGAAUGUUUUCUUUUGGCAUCAAUGGCCUAUGAUCGCUAUGUAGCCAUAUGCAAACCUUUACUCUACCCAGUGAUCAUGACAAAUAGACUCUGUGUACGUCUUUUAACAUUGUCCUUUGUAGGUGGAUUCAUUCAUGCUUUAAUUCAUGAAGGCUUUUUAUUCAGAUUAAUUUUCUGUAGCUCUCACAUAAUAGACCACUUUUAUUGUGAUGUUAUGCCACUGUUAAAGAUUUCCUGUAAUGACCCUUCUAUCAAUUACCUGAUGCUCUUUAUUUUCUCUGGCUCAAUUCAGGUAUUCACAAUUACAACUAUCCUUGUCUCUUAUACACUUGUUCUGUUUUCUAUCCUAAAGCAGAAAUCUCUCAAAAGCAUAAAGAAAGCCUUUUCCACCUGUGGAGCCCAUCUCCUCUCUGUUUCUUUGUACUAUGGCCCUCUGCUCUUCAUGUAUGUGCGCCCUGCAUCUCCACAAGUAAAUGAUGAAGAUAUGAUGGACUCUGUAUUUUACACCAUCAUAAUUCCUGUACUGAACCCAAUUAUCUAUAGUUUGAGGAAUAAGCAAGUAAAAAAAUCACUGGCAAAAUUUUUAAGGAGAAAUACUUAGAUUUCACAUUAUUAUCUGUCAUGAACUUAUUAAAACAUGGCAAAUAGGUGCAGA